AGCGACAGACAAAACAGGUAUAUAGAAAUAGACAUAGAUUCUCAGACAGCCGCAUCCUCAUUUCUCACCACCUUCCUCACCAUUCUACGAUCCACACGCAUUUUCAGUCUCCUGUUAUAAUAUAUCCUCCAUCGAUCGCAACAACCCCGCUGUUCCUUAAUACAUCCUCCUCUUCUUUCCCUCUCUUGUUGCUCGUAAGAUCAGCUCAUCUUCCUGUCCGGGAAGAAGGUGUUGUUGGAAAAAGGAUUGUAUGUAUACGAGUGGUCUUGAUUUGGACAUGGGAUUGGGAACUGAAUUACAGGUUUCUGGCGAUCAUCAACAAGGGCUUGAUUGGGGCCAACCUCUGCUGCAGUCAGGCAAGGCGGAGCUUGCAAAACCACCGUCUGGACGACGGCAGCAGCCGCUAAAGCAGCAAUCAGAGCCUUUGAACUGUCCGAGGUGUGGUUCCACAAAUACCAAGUUUUGUUACUACAACAACUACAAUAAGUCUCAGCCUCGCCAUUUUUGCAAAUCUUGCAAGAGGCAUUGGACUAAAGGUGGCACUCUUCGCAACGUUCCUGUUGGCGGUGGGCGCAAAAACAAGCGUCCCAAGAUCUCACACCCCACAACAACCACUUCCACCACCACCGUCACCGCCACUGCAGCUUCACCCGCUACUGCCACACGCCUGCACGAUCGUGCAAGUUUUCCUUACACUAAUAUUAGUACAGAUCAGAGAAGUAUGUCUAAUAUUCUCUACAAGGCCUUGAUUUGCUCUUCGUCACCAUCGUUAUUGCAUAAUGCAACAGAUGGGAUCAAUAUUAGUAUUCCCGGGAAGCCUCUUGUCGGAAGCAAUGGCAUAAGCAAUAAGACAGGUUUUACAGAAGUUCCAUUCUCAAGUUUAAGCACUACUUUUGAGGUCAUGAAUUCUUCUUUGAUGAAUCCCACCCCUCAUCAAUUGCUUGAUGAUCACAUUGAUCAUUAUGCUGGGAACAUUGAUUCCACGGAGGAAUCAAUUAUUACCACUCUUGAUAUUCCAAGCACAGCCAGUGCCGCAUGGCCGGUCGCGGAUACCAGUAGUGUCAUGGACUUGCCUAACUACUGGAACUGGAAUGAGAUCGAUGCGUUUACCAGUUCAGCAGAUCUCAACAUAGCAUGGGACGAUAUUGAUGCAGAGAUCAAGCCCUAAACAACCAAUCUUGAAGAGUCCAUGUCUACGGAUUAACUGAGACAAUUAUGCUAGUUUCUUUUCUCAACGGUGGAAUCGUAUUUGAUCGUUAUUAAUACGUUGAGGUCUAUUCUUACAGUUUUCCCAGUCGAUCUUCUAAAUUAACCGUGUUGUGUGUAUAUUACGUACUUUGUACAGUUUUGACUGUGAAAUGUGUAACCAUCAUAGAUACAAGUCAUUUGUUUAAUUUGAGGCUGUCCUUUUCAGAAUCAGCUUCAGGCUAGGGGAUAUGUGUUGAGAUAUAAUGGCAUGUUUAAUUGAUCAGAUCUUGGUGUUUUCUGUGUUAUUUUGGUCUAGAAUUCAUGUAAAGAUUGGACAAGGGUUUCAUGCAAUGCAUAUUUUCUUGUCGGAUUAAUGGAGAA